AUGGCUCCCAAGCGAUCUGCCCCUACCUCCAAGGCUUCCGCCGCCCCCAAGAAGGCCAAGUCCGCCGCUUCCAAGCCUGCCUCCAAGACCAAGGCCCCCAAGGGCGCCAUCGACACCGUCAAGGACACUGCCGCCUCUCUCAUCGACACUGUCUCCUCGGCUGUCGACGUCGCUGGUGACAUCGUUCUUGACGAUGGUGCUCCCGCCCCUAUGGAAGAAGCCGUGAAGGAGACUGUCGACGUGCCGGCCUUGAAGAAGAAGGGCAAGGAAGUCAAGGGCAAGGCGGGAAAGAAGGCCGUUGAAGCUGUCGAAGCCGCCAAGCCUGUCAAGGGCAAGACCACCAAAGCCGCCAAAGAGGCUGCAACUACUGUUGACAAGGCCGCCAAGGACCCCAAGAACCGAAAGCGUGCUGAGGACUUCAUGGAUGCUGCUGGAUCUGCCGCGAAGAACGUCGCCGGCAAGGUCGGCGAGGCUUUGGGCGAGACUCUUCAGCAGUUUGGCGAGGCCAGUGGUAUGACUGAGGCCACCGAGGGAACUGCCAAGAAGGGCAAGAAGCAGGCUGGAAACAAGGCUGUGGAAGUGAAGGAGGCUGGCAAGCGAAAGGCGAAGGAGGCACUUGCCGGUGCUGAGCCCGUAGCGAAGAAGACUCGCUCCAAGACUGCGGCACCUGCGCCUGCUGCCGAGGACGAUGAUGAUGACGUGUCUAUGCACGGAUUCUCUUCGUCUGAUGGCGAGGCUGACUCUUCGGACGACGAGUCUGAUGCGGAGGAAUUGGCGGUUGCCGAGGCCGGGAGGGCUGUCGACAUGACAAAUCUGCCGAUGGUGGCUCGGGAUGACAAGAGUGUCCAGGCUAGGCUCAAGCAGGCGGCGAAGAAGAAGGACACCCAAAAAGGUACUCUCUACGUUGGUAGGAUACCUCACGGUUUCUACGAAGAGCAGAUGAAGGAAUACUUUUCGCAAUUCGGAGAUGUCACUCGACUGCGUUUGGCUCGUAACAAGAAGACUGGUGCUUCAAAACACUACGCCUACAUCGAAAUGUCUUCCCAAUCCGUCGCCCAGAUCGUCGCCGAGACCAUGAACAACUACUUGCUGAUGGGUCACCUCCUCAAGUGCCAUGUCAUCGCCGCCGACAAGGUCCACCCUCAACUCUGGGUCGGUGCCAACAAAAAGUUCCGCAAGGUCCCCCGCGCUCGUGUUGAGAAGAUGAGGCAUGAGAAGGAAAGGACGGAGGAGGAGCAGGCCAAGGCCAACAAGAAGCUUUUGAAGAAGCAGAACCAAAGGAAGAGCAAGUUGCAAAAGGCUGGUAUCGAUUACGAGUUUGAGGGACACGUGAGUUUGCGUUGCUGCGCGCCCGUAGACGGUGGCUGA